AUCAAGAUCAAGCUUUCAUCUAAACAGCAGCACAUCAGUCUCUGUCGGGGAACCAUGAAGACGCUGCCGACUCUCAUACUUCUGGCUCUGAUCUGCUUCUUGCAUCACAGCUCUGCAGGUCUGAAUGCUCCAGUUGCAGUCUAUGAGGAAUCAUGCUGUCCAAGCUUCAAUCGAAAGUUAAUUCCUAAGCCAAAGGUGAAACAUGUAGCGAUGACCCCGAGUCGCUGUAAAACCACAGCAAUUGUAGUCACAACUGUGUGUGAUGUGACGUCUUGUAUUGAUCCCGAAUGGAGAUGGGCGAAGAAACUGUUGGCAGAGUUUGAGAAGUUAACUGCGAACAACAAGUCACCUUCUGCCCCUUUCAACACAUCCAAGUGUGAAAAACAAAAGAAAUAGCAAUAAUCCAGUGUGUGAAUGCUGGUCUUUUGUUUACUGUUAUUCCAUGUAAUAAUGUUUUUUAUUUAAUUUUAUAUAAUGUAUCUUAUUGGCUGUUAUAACUGAUAAUCAGUGAUGAUUACACAGAAAAGUAUCUUUGUAUGUUAAAGUUGUCUUUAACUGACAUUUUCACUUUGAAUGAUUCAUAUCAAAGUUUGGUGUAAGAUUAUUAUUAAAUAACAAAUAGUACUACUGUUUAUUACUGAUUUUUAACUGUAUGUUUAUUAUUACUACAAGUUACUGCCCCUCUGUGUAACAGCUGUAUCUUUGUAUUUUGUACUUAGUUUUUAGCUUUUUGAAUUUUGGAGCUCGAUGUAUUUGUGUGUAUUGAGACAGAAGGUAAAGGCUAUUUAAUAUGAAUAAUUUAAUGUACAUUAGACUAUUUAAACGAAGGUAAAGGACCACUACACCUUCCAUGUCAAUACACAUCUUUGUAUGCAAAUAUGAGUGUAAAGUUUGAAAUAUCCAUAAUAAUAUAAAUAAAUGUUGAUGUGAACUUCUGUGUUGAUUUCCAAGAAUAAAACUUG